UACAGCAUAUAAUUUGUAGCACCAUAUAGGAGACCAUAUAAGUUUGUAUAAGACUACCAGUUUCAUUUAGGUUUCAGGAUCUUAGUCUACGUAGUAAGUCUAGUUUGGACAAAAACAAUGGCUGAUCGUUUCCAAACAAGUGAGAAAUCAAGUUCAUUCCCAGAUUGCCCAUCAGCUGAGGCCUAUUGUGUUGCGUCAGCCAAUGGGAGAGGAGCUCAUUAGAACCGCCAGCCUCCAGCAUGGAUUGAUUAGGAAAACCUGCUCGAGGAUCCGCAGUUUGAGGCCUGAACGCUGAGCUGCACCAUCAACUCUAAUUCUCAUUAAUGGCCGUUCAACAGCGAGACUGCGACUGCUCACAUUCCCACACUGGACUUCUGUGGUGAAGGACUUCAGGCUCCAGCUGCAGGGACAAGAACAAGACCAGCAGAAGAGCACAUUGUUCCAGAGUUUGGAGAACUUUCUGAGACAGCUUUUUAUCCCUAUUAUGGACUUAAUUAACGCUACUAUCACAGCUAUUUAACAGCAGCCCGUGUGAUUUUUGUGGUGGUAGUAGUAGUGUUUUUUUUUUUUUUUGCCUGUGGGCCUUCUACAGUUGAGGAGUGUGCGAUGUGUGAUGUAUCUGAAAGCCCUGGGUCGGAGUGCAGUGAGCUGGUCCGGACCGUGUGCCCGCCAGCCCCCGGCCCCGAGGCCCUGCAUCUCCAGGAGCCCAGCCUGCUCUUCAACAGGGCCGCGGCCUUCAAUGGCCUCAGCCCGUCUCAGGCCCAGACUUUUUUCCCCUUCGCGGCGGUAGGAGGCGACUUCAGAGCCGCGGAGGUGCAGCUGGGGGACUUCACCCAGGCCAAGCCCUGGUACCCCUUUCCAGGUCAUGAUUACUUGGGCCAGGUGGCAGGAGGGCAGAUAGCGGGGGCCCAGCCGGCCAACAUCAGCCCUCCCAUCGCCGAGACCCGGGAGCAGAUCAGGAUGCCUGAGGUGAAAACUGAGAAGGAGGUGAGGGAGGAUGAGUAUGGGGAGGCCAAGCUGCAGCAGCAGCCCCAGUUCCCCACCUCCGGGGCAUCGGGUCUUUACUAUCCCGCCCCGUGGCCCCCAUCCUUCUGGCACGGCCUGCCCCACGUCUCAGCGCCGUGCGGUACCGGCCAGGGCCCCCCGGCUGUGUCCGUGCCGUCCUCUGCCUCGCCGUCCUCCUCGUCCCCGUCUCUUUCUCCGUCUCCCCCCUCCAGCGCCUUCUACACCGGGCCUCCGGCGCAGUUAGCGCCCACAGCACACGCGCACAGCGCCGGCAGGAGCAGCGGCUCGUCCAGCGGGGGCUGCAGCGAUUCUGAAGAAGAGGAAAACCUGACCACAGAAGAGUUGGAGCAGUUCGCUAAAGAGCUAAAGCACAAGCGCAUCACCCUCGGCUUCACUCAGGCAGAUGUAGGCCUGGCUCUGGGGAAUCUAUACGGGAAAAUGUUCAGUCAGACGACCAUCUGCCGCUUUGAAGCUCUUCAGCUCAGUUUUAAGAACAUGUGCAAGUUAAAGCCACUGCUGCAGAGAUGGCUGAAUGAAGCAGAGACCUCAGAUAACCCACAAGAUAUGUACAAGAUUGAGCGAGUUUUCGUCGAUACAAGAAAGAGAAAAAGGAGGACCAGUUUAGAGGGUUCAGUCCGCACUGCCCUCGAGUCCUACUUCUUAAAGUGCCCCAAACCCAACACACUGGAAAUCACGCACAUAUCUGAUGACCUUGGCUUGGAAAGAGAUGUGGUGCGUGUCUGGUUCUGUAACCGCAGACAGAAAGGCAAGCGUUUGGCUCUACCUUUUGACGACGAGUGCGCUGAGGGUCAAUAUUACGAACAGAGUCCAACACCCCCUCCACACAUGGGAGGUCCACCCCUGUCAGCUCAGGGUUAUCCAGGACCCACUCAUCCUGGGGGAGUCCCUGCUCUCUACAUGCCCCCCCUUCACCGACCAGACGUCUUCAAGCAGGCCCUGCACCCUGGACUGGUGAGCCACCUGUCCAGCUGAACUGACUGACUGUUUAGAGCCUUUCUCUUCAGUAUGGAGGAUGAAAUGGCUCCUAUAUGGAAGAAGACAUGUUUCCUGGUACACUUUUGCUCCAAGCCAAGCUAUGGAUUAAAACAUUCAAUCUAGACCCCCUUUGAGGUUCUUCUAACUUACUAUGUUGUCCAAAAAAUCUGCAAUCCACUCUAGUCCUAAUGUAUUUGAUCCUAUUAGGCUUCGAGCCACUCCCUGAUUUAUUCCCUGUUUCUUGACUUCUGACUAGUGGUUCUGCAGAACUUGCCUGGAUUAGAAGUGAGUCUUUGGAUCUUGGGAUCUAAAUGCGUUUUAAUGAAUGUAUUUGCACAUGCCAUUCGUUUGGUUUUUAAAACAUGUUUUAAAGAUGGAUUUUAGUUUUAUGAUCCCCCACCCCUUUUCCCUUUGCCCUUCCUCCUAUGUUUUAUGUACAUAUGUUUUAAUAGUACAAUAUUUUUGUUAAUGAGAUCAAAAUUGUCCUGCUUGCCAUAUUUUACUUGGGAAAUGGGUUAUGGGAAAACACUGGAAAUAUUUGUCAAAGGUUGUCAAUGCAUUUAAUGAUUUAACUGUGAUUUUAGUCAUGCUGUACAAAUGGGUUCUGGAAGGGCAUCGAUCACUGUUCCCUUAUGCCCAACAGGAUAUGAUUAAAUGGUGUUUUUAUGUAUAUGUGAAGAGGUCUUUGAACAGAAUUUUAGGAAGUUCUAUAAACUCAUGUAUACUAUGUAUAACACUCUUCAGUGCAUUAUGUACUGGAGGUCAAUUUCUGGUUUUCAUGUACACUACACCAAUGCAUAGACGUAUCAGCUGACCACUAGGUGCAAUGGAACCCCCCCCCCCCCCCUUCAAUGUGUUUUCCUUUUUUUAAUUUUUAAAUCUCAAUGGACAUCUAUGUGCCUUAUCUAUCUAUGACUUGCUGCCUCCUCUCUUACAACAAAUGUAAAUGAAACCAAAGCUGAUAAUUUAUUAAUGUAUCUGAUUCCUGACUAGCAGUUGAUCACCUCUAUUUGACUGUUAAAAAUUAAACCCAAUCCUUUGACAAUCCAA